AUGGCAUUCCUUAAAGGGCAAAAGACGAUGUUGAAAGGGUUCUUAGCUGCGGUAGGAGGGGCUACAGCCGUUGCCUACUUUUAUCCUUCGGUUCGGGACGUUGUUCUGACAAAUCUACAGAUAGACGAAGCAGACGCUUUUACGGUGAAAAAGAUUGAUACUGCAUACGAAAAACUGCAAAAGGCUUCUGAAUGUAAUUCUUUGCUCAAGAAAUAUUUAACAAAGGAAGUUCUCGAUCAAAUCAAGUAUAAGAGGACAAAGCUUGGAGCAAGUCUCUAUGAUGUGAUACGCUCUGGCGUUUACAAUCUAGACGCGCAAAUCGGCAUUUACGCUCCUGAUGCCGAGUCUUACCGUGUUUUUGCCCCUCUCUUUGAUCCUAUCAUUGAAGAUUACCACAAAUUCCCGAAAAAUGCUAAACAACCACCUGUGGAUAUGGGCGAAGAGAGGAUAUCAGAAUUUCCUCCUUUGGACCCCGAGGGGAAGUACAUUAUUUCCACGAGGAUUCGUUGUGGUCGCACUAUUGCUGGUUAUCCAUUCAAUCCUAUGCUAACUGCAGAUGAUUAUUUGAUAAUGCAGCAGAAAGUUAUUAACGCGCUGAAGAGCUUCAAGGACCCAGAAUUAAAAGGCAUUUACUAUAAAUUGGAAGGUAUGGAAAAAGAAGUUCAGCAGCGACUGAUUGAAGAGCAUUUUCUUUUUAAAGAAGGCGACCGUCACUUACAACUUGCCAACGCAUGUAGACACUGGCCAAAAGUGAAUUUAUUUGCGUUUUCAUAA